UAAUCUCAGUUAAGUGAGGGUUUACGUGCAAGAGCUGGAGCGAGGUUCUGAUGAUCCCUGUGAUUUGGUUUCAUCUACAGAAUUCACGUCUUCCAAUUUCACGAUACACAGCUCCCACAACAAUUUUGUUCAGCAAAACCGAAGUCUCUUCAUCAAGCUCACAGCUUCGCAUUUGUCUGUUCAAAUCCUCUCGAAAAGGAAUAAGCUCCCAAUCAAUUUCACUCUUCUUCAACAACAAGAGCAACUAAUACUAUGGGCAAAAACAUAGUCUCCGAUGAAGAAGAUGAGGUCGAGUUCGAAGGCUAUGACAGGGAACCUGUCCAUGCUGAUGCAGUAGAAGACCCUGAAGAUGAAGAUGAGGAGGAUGAAGAAGGGCAGGAUGAAUACGAGAAGGAUGAUUUUAUAGUAGACGAUGUUGAGGAGGAAGAAGAAGUAGAUGAAGAAGAAGAGAGGGCAGACAGUGAUGAAGAAAGGCACAAGAAGAAGAAGAAAAAGAAAAAAAGAGAAUCUGAGGAUGUCCUUGAUGAAGAUGAUUAUGAGCUCCUUCGAGACAACAAUGCUUUCCAUCACAGACCAAAGGAUAGCAAAAAAUUUAAGCGGUUGAAAAAAGCUCAGAGGGAUUCUGAUGAGGAGCGCUUUGGGUUUUCUGAUGAGGAGUUUGACGGAAGUGGUAAAGGUGGGCGAACAGCUGAAGAGAAACUUAAGCGCACAUUAUUUGGUGACGAUGAAGGAGUUCCCCUCGAGGAUAUUGCUGAAGAGGAGCAGGAGGAAGAAGAGGAAGAGGAUGGGGACAUUGGCGAGGAGGAUGAAAUGGCAGAUUUUAUUGUGGACGAAGAAGUUGAUGAAAAUGGAGCUCCAAUGAGACGAACGAAGCUGAAGAGAAAGAAAUCCAGGCAAGCACCAGGAGUUACAUCAUCUGCUAUACAGGAAGCUCAGGAACUAUUUGGUGAUGUUGAUGACUUCCUGCUUCGACGCAAGCGAGAGCUAGAAUCUAGUGAAUGGAAGGAAACCAGAUUGGAUAAGGAAUUUGAGCCUACUGUACUUUCUGAGAAGUAUAUGACUGAGAAAGAUGAGCUGAUUCGAAUGAGUGAUAUUCCAGAAAGAAUGCAGAUAUCUGAGGAAAGCACUGGUCCUCCUCCAACUGAUGAAAUCAGUAUAACAGAAGAGGGAAGCUGGAUAUAUAAUCAACUUGCAAAUGGUACGGUGCCUUUGUUUCGCAAGAGAAGAGAUGAGGCACAUGAAGAAGAGCAGGAUUUGCCCUUAAGCAGGGAUGACAUCAUCCGAUUUUUGGAAUUGCACCAUGUUCAGAAGCUAGAUGUCCCCUUCAUUGCUAUGUAUAGAAAGGAGGAGUGUUCUAGCCUAUUGAAAGAUCCUGAGAACCUUGAAGUUGAUGAUGAGAAUCAUGAUAAAUCUGACAGAACACCUAUGCUGAAGUGGCACAAGGUGCUUUGGGCAAUUCAGGACUUGGAUAGAAAGUGGUUACUUCUUCAAAAACGAAAGACUGCUCUCCAUUCAUACUAUAAUAGGCGAUUUGAAGAAGAAUCUCGACGGAUAUAUGAUGAGACAAGACUGAAUUUAAAUCAGCAGCUUUUUGUUUCAAUUCUUAAGUCGCUCAAGGAUGCAGAAUCGGAGAGGGAGGUUGAUGAUGUCGAUGCAAAGUUCAACUUGCAUUUCCCUCCAGGCGAGGUAGGCGUGGAUGAAGGACAGUAUAAGAGGCCCAAAAGGAAAUCCCAAUAUAGUAUCUGCAGUAAGGCUGGACUCUGGGAAGUUGCAAGCAAGUUUGGGUGCAGUGCUGAGCAACUCGGAAUGGGUUUGUCCCUAGAAAAGAUGGGAGAAAUAUUGGAGAAUGCUAAGGAAACACCUGAGGAGAUGGCAUCAAACUUUACAUGUGCAAUGUUCGAAACUCCCCAAGCAGUUCUUAAAGGGGCCAGGCACAUGGCUGCAGUUGAGAUAAGUUGUGAGCCAAGUAUCAGAAAAUAUGUGCGUAGUAUGUAUAUGGAAAAUGCCGUGGUAUCCACAAGUCCAACGCCAGAUGGAAAUGUUGCAAUAGAUUCUUUUCAUCAAUUUGCGGGUGUGAAGUGGUUGCGUGAAAAACCAGUUAACAAAUUUGAGGAUGCCCAAUGGUUUCUCAUUCAAAAGGCUGAGGAGGAGAAACUUCUUCAAAUAACAUUUAAGCUUCCAGAAAAAUACAUGAAUAAAUUGAUUGGUGACUGUAAUGAGCAUUAUCUUAGUGAUGGUGUUAGUAAAUCUGCUCAACUAUGGAAUGAGCAGAGGACAUUGAUAUUGAAGGAUGCUCUGUAUACUUACUUGUUGCCUUCAAUGGAGAAAGAAGCAAGAUCCUUAUUAACCAGUAGAGCUAAAAAUUGGUUGCUUUUGGAAUAUGGAAAGGUUUUAUGGAAUAAAGUUUCCGUGGGUCCAUAUCAACGGAAAGAAAAUGAUGUUUCCUCUGAUGAUGAAGCUGCUCCAAGGGUCAUGGCCUGCUGCUGGGGCCCUGGGAAGCCAGCUACCACUUUUGUGAUGUUGGAUUCAUCAGGGGAGGUGCUAGAUGUACUUUAUGCUGGGUCCCUCACUUUGCGAUCUCAAAACGUCAAUGACCAGCAACAUAAAAAAAAUGACCAGCAGCGUGUUUUGAAGUUCAUGACUGAUCACCAACCACAUGUGGUUGUUCUAGGAGCUGUGAAUUUGUCUUGUACUAAGCUGAAGGAUGAUAUAUAUGAGAUCAUUUUUAAGAUGGUGGAGGAAAAUCCUAGAGAUGUGGGACAUGAGAUGGAUGAAUUAAGCAUUGUGUAUGGUGAUGAGUCUCUGCCUCGCCUUUAUGAAAAUUCUCGGAUAUCUUCUGACCAGCUACCUGGGCAGCCAGGCAUUGUUAGGCGGGCUGCAGCUCUUGGUCGGUAUCUGCAAAAUCCACUGGCCAUGGUUGCAACACUCUGUGGACCAUCAAGGGAGAUUUUGUCCUGGAAGCUCAGCCCUUUGGAGAAUUUUCUCAACCCUGAUGAGAAAUAUGCAAUGGUUGAACAGGUUAUGGUAGAUGUCACAAACCAGGUGGGCCUUGAUAUUAACAUGGCUACAAGCCAUGAAUGGUUAUUUGCCCCUUUACAGUUCAUUUCUGGGCUUGGCCCUAGAAAGGCAGCAUCUUUGCAGAGGUCUCUAGUAAGGGCUGGAGCAAUUUUCACUAGAAAAGACUUUGUGACAGUCCAUGGACUUGGUAAGAAGGUGUUUGUUAAUGCAGUUGGCUUCUUGCGUGUCCGACGUAGUGGGUUAGCUGCAAGCAGCAGCCAAUUUAUUGAUUUGUUGGAUGAUACAAGGAUACAUCCAGAAUCUUAUGGACUGGCACAGGAAAUGGCUAAGGAUGUUUAUGAAAUGGACAAUGGUGAGGCAAAUGAUGAUGACGAGGCAUUGGAAAUGGCAAUUGAGCAUGUUAGAGACCGGCCGAAUUUAUUGAAAACUCUUGAUCUUGAUGUGUAUCUCCGUGAUAAGAAGCGUGAAAAUAAGAAGGAGACUUUCAAAUAUAUACAAUUAGAAUUGAUACAGGGUUUUCAGGAUUGGCGUAGACAGUAUAAAGAGCCAAGUCAGGAUGAGGAAUUCUAUAUGAUAUCAGGUGAAACUGAGGAUACUCUUGCUGAAGGGAGAAUAGUACAGGCUACUGUUCGCAGGGUGCAAGGUGGAAGGGCAAUAUGUGUACUGGAAUCUGGACUUACUGGUAUGCUUACAAAGGAAGACUAUGCUGAUGAUUGGAGGGAUAUGCCCGAGUUGUCUGACAGGCUGCAUGAAGGUGACAUACUCACCUGCAAGAUCAAAUCGAUCCAAAAGAAUAGGUAUCAGGUGUUUUUAGUUUGUAGGGAGAGAGAGAUGAGGAGUAACCGAUAUCAGCAGGUCCGAGACCUUGAUCCAUAUUACCAUGAAGAUCGAAGUAGUCUUCAGAGUGAGCAAGAAAAGGCUCAGAAAGAGAAGGAGCUUGCUAAGAAACACUUUAAGCCUAGAAUGAUUGUUCAUCCUCGCUUCCAGAACAUAACCGCUGAUGAAGCAAUGGGGUUUUUAUCCGAUAAGGAUCCUGGAGAAAGCAUCAUUCGUCCUAGUUCUCGUGGGCCAUCGUAUUUAACUCUAACUCUUAAAGUUUAUGAUGGAGUUUAUGCUCACAAGGACAUAGUUGAAGGUGGAAAGGAACAUAAGGACAUUACAAGUCUACUUCGAAUUGGGAAGACACUGAAAAUUGGGGAGGACACUUUUGAGGAUUUGGAUGAGGUAAUGGACCGGUAUGUUGAUCCCUUAGUAACUCAUCUAAAGGCAAUGCUUAGUUACCGCAAGUUCAGAAGGGGGACUAAAGCAGAAGUUGACGAGCAACUCAAGAUUGAGAAAUCGGAUUAUCCUAUGAGGAUAGUUUACUCUUUUGGGAUUUCACAUGAACAUCCAGGCACUUUUAUUCUGACUUACAUUAGGAGCAAAAAUCCACAUCAUGAGUAUGUUGGUCUAUAUCCCAAGGGAUUCAAGUUUCGGAAGAGGAUGUUUGAGGACAUUGAUCGGCUGGUGGCAUAUUUUCAGAGGCACAUUGAUGAUCCUAUGAAUGAAUCAGCACCGUCAAUUAGAUCAGUUGCUGCCAUGGUACCAAUGCGAAGCCCUGCAACUGGGGGCUCUUCAGGGGCAUCCGUGGGUAGCGGAUGGGGUGGUUCUGCAAAUGAUGGUGGCUGGAGAGGCCAGUCUUUUGACAGAGAUCGUUCUUCUGCGCCAGGCUCCAGGACAGGGAGGAGUCGAGAUGGUCAUCAGAGUGGUUUACCAAGGCCAUACAGUGGACAUGGUCGUGGCUCCCAUAACAGCAGAGGCAAUAACAGUAGCAGUGACAGGCAGGACUCUGGUUAUGAUAACUCCAGAUGGGAUUCAGGUGCCAAGGAUGGUGAUAGAAGUUGGGGCAGUUUCCCUGGUGCUAAGGUCCAGAAUUCACCUGGAAGGGAGGCUUUCCCUGGUGGCUGGGGAACUGGUGGCUCUGACAAUGGAAGUUCUGGGUGGGGUACUGGUUCCAAGAGAGGUUCUUCGCAGUCACAGGGUGAUAAUGCAUGGUCUGGAGGUGGAAGUGGCGGUUGGUGAAGUGAUGGAUGUUGCUCGGAUGGUCCUUCCUCAUCACCAAGCGAUGGCUGAUAAAUCAAGCUGUGUUGUGAUGAAAGGCGGAAACUGUGGUCAGGAUUACUGGCUUUUUACUUUGUGGCAUAUGGAAGGACCAUGUAAUGAGAAUUUUUGCAAAUAGUGAUGAAAUACAGGCCGCAUGUGUAGUAACCAUCUAAUUAUUUUGCUGUAGUAGACGUUAUAAGACGCCGUCUGUUCA